CUUUCCCCAGGCCCACGGCCAACCCCGUCCCUGUCGCCAUCUGUCCACCGCAAUCCGCCUCUGCCUGCAUGCAGCAGCACUGGACGCCCGAUAGACCUGCUUCCGCCCCCGCCCCCGCCCCGACCUCUGUUUCCGUGCCCAUCCUCCCUGCCGACAUGUCCUCCAAGUACUCCGUCCUGCUCCCCACCUACAACGAGCGGGAGAACCUGCCCAUCAUCACCUGGCUGAUUGUCAACUCGAUGGAGGAGGCCAAGCUCGACUACGAAAUCAUCAUCAUUGACGACAAUUCUCCCGACAACACCAUCGAAGUUGCACGCCAGCUCCAGAGCACCUAUGGCGAGGACCGCAUUCUUCUCCGUCCUCGUGCUGGCAAGCUCGGCCUCGGCACUGCCUACGCCCACGGCAUCCAGCACUCGACCGGAACCCAUGUCAUCAUCAUGGACGCCGACAUGUCCCACCACCCCAAGUUCAUCCCCGAGUUUAUCCGACUCCAGCAGCAGCACAACUACGAUAUUGUCACCGGAACCCGCUAUGUCUCCGGAGGCGGUGUCCACGGCUGGGAUCUGCGAAGAAAGCUCACGUCCCGUGUCGCCAACUACCUUGCGUCGGUGCUGCUGGACCCUGGAGUCAGCGACCUGACGGGAAGCUUCCGUGUCUAUCGCAAGGAUGUCCUCGACAAGCUGAUCAAGGCCACAAAGUCCAAGGGCUACGUUUUCCAGAUGGAGAUGAUGGUCCGCGCCCGCCAGAUGGGCUUCACGAUCGGCGAGGUGCCCAUCACCUUUGUUGACCGAGUCUUUGGAGAGAGCAAGCUCGGUGCCGAUGAGAUUGUGCAGUACCUGAAAGGCCUGUGGUCGCUCUUUAUCGAUGUUUGAUGUGUCUGCAGGUCACCGAGGAUGGCGCUGCUGAUUGCCGCCGCCCACCCCGGAUCGCUCUGCCUCUGCACGCACACCCAAUAUCUCCUCGUUGCCGUUGCUGUCGCUGUGCCGUGCAGCUGUUUCGAGAAAUGCUUCGAGAAAUAGCAUAUCCGCUCCUCACCGACCCCA